AUGCCAAGUUACUAUUAUCCAAGUUAUUCACACCCUAGCAACAUGUAUGGUUACUAUGAUCAAUAUCAUACUAUAUAUGAUCAAGGUAACAACAUUGUGGAAAGAAAUCCAUAUCCAUUUGAUGAUCCAUAUUUUGAUAGAAGAAUGGUGGAAUCUGGUUAUAGAAGAAGAUCAACGAGACCAUAUCCUUAUUAUGAUUCAAGAUAUGUUUUUCAUGGAAGAGUUGAUCCUUACACUAGUUAUCAAUCUUACUAUGAGACUCCAUUGUUGUCUUACCCUCAACCAUCGCCAUCACCAUCAGUACACCCAUUUUAUACACCAGAUUGGUUGUGUACUAUUAUGUGA